GCCUACCGGUAGUAUCUUUUGGGAUAUAAGGUUACCUGGUUAUCGGGCUGAUUUAAAGACAUGUGACAGGAUAAAAUAAAUAAACCAUCGCCGUAGAGUCCAGUUUCUGUGUGCUUAAAAAGGAUAUCGGGUCGAAAUGUAGAACAGUAAAUAAAUUAACACUUAAGAGUCCUAGUUUAAAUCUAUAUAAUAAAGUACGUCAGUGCAGAUACAGAAAAACACUACGUACAGCACACCAAUCAGUUGGAUCUUAGCAUGGCACUUUCGGGACGUACAGCAUUCGUGGCGGGUGGAAGCGGCACAGUAGGGUCAGGUAUCGUGCGCAGCUUCCUGCAACAAGGGGCCAAGGUGGCCGUCAGCUCACGGGUCCUUGCAAAUCUGAAUGAUCUAAAAGCGAAAAUCGAACCUAAGCUGCAAAAGAAUCUCAUUCUAAUUGAGGCAAAUGCUGCCACAGAGGCAGGGGCACACAAGAUUCUCCAGCAGUUGGAGGGACAGGGCGGGGUGCAUCACGUGGUCUCCUCAUUUGGGGCCUGGUGGGAAGAGGGUCCUCUUACUAGUAGGACGGUGGCUGAGUUCGAUGCACACAUUGACGAGCGUGCAAAGUCGCAUUUCAUCGUCGCCAAGACCUUCCUACCAGUGCUUGCUAAGCAUGAAGGCUCUUCCUAUAUGUUCAUUACGGGCAUGUUUGGGGAGAGCUGUUCCAUGGCCGAUGCGUCCAUGCUGGCGAUAGCGGGUGCAUGUGUUUAUGGGAUUGCGCAGGCUGCACUGGCUGAGUUCCAGGGCUCGAAAGUCACUAUAAAUGAGAUGCGUAUUGGCCUCAUGGUACAGCCUAAGCUGACCAAAGACGUCCCAGCACCACAAGUAGGCCAUGAUUCUGUCGGCGAUCUGGUAAUUUCACUGGCACAGUCUCGUACUCCCGGCGUGGUAAAGAUUAUAAGUCGUGAUGACCUGAAAUCAAGGCUUGGUAAGAAUGCUGCAAAGUAUGGGUUUUAGAACCUUACGACGUGGAACCGGAAGUAAUCCAUCUAGAAAAACCGCCUCACAUGCUCAUAUUAAACCAUGUCGCCAGUAUGCACCAAACGAUGAUGGUCAAUCAACUAUUUUAGUUCUUACAUAUGUUUUUUAUCAAUUAGUUUUUUCCUUGUCAUUUCUUAAACCUUCUAUGUAAACCUUAUAAGAAAUAUAAACAUGUGUACAAAAUAUAAAACAAACAAAAUGACGGAACAAUUUAUGUUGUGAUGGAAGUUAUUACUGCUUUCCUGAGGACUUGUCUUCAUGCUUACAUGUACUAGUCAUAGCACGGGAUAUGGACAUGUACUAGUCAUAGCACGUGAUAUGGACAUGUACUAAUCAUAGCACAUGACACUCUUAUACUCAAAAAUGUUUGUAUUAGCAUAUCUGCUAAAGUCGCUUUUAUAGACUUUUUAGUAAAAAUAUUUUUUUUAAAUACAGUUAAAUACUUUAAUUAACUGCAAUUGUUGUAUACAUGGUUACCAGACUGAAACAACAUCAAUAUAGAAUAUUAAAACUUGUGUGCUUAUUAUUAAUAUUUAGCAGCAAAUGGUUACAACGUGAUGGAAAUGUUAAUUGCAAAUAAUUGUGUCAGUUAUAUAAAAGUAUUUAGAAAAAAAAAAGUUUCAUGUAUCAAUAUAAACUAGUUAACCCCCAAAAAUGUUUUGUUAUAUUAUACCUUACACUCAGACUACACUCAGACUAGAGUCUUGUUAUAUUAUACCUUACACUCAGACUAGAGUCUUGUUAUAUUAUACCUUACACUCAGACUAGAGUCUUGUUAAGUAUACCUUACACUCAGACUAGAUUUACUUUGGGCAGUUAACCUACACAUAUUGUGAUUUUCUAUUAAAAGCAUGUGCAAGAUUUUUUAAUGACAGGUUACAAUAUAUUGCUGAGAUUGUUAUAGUUACACUAACACAAUUUUACUUUCACAUUUUGGCAAGCAUAAUAUAAAAAUAACUCGCAAAACUAUUUUACUCGCAAUUUGCGAGUGCCAAAUUAGAGCCCUAAGUUGUCCUAGCAUGCUUGAACAUACGAGCUUAGCCUUCAAUUUGACAUUUUGGAAAUCUUACUCCUUUAUAUCAAUACCAGAAGAAGAUCAUCAAGAUCAAUUGAACAAAGUGCCUUGUCUAUGCAAUUGGUAUUGCUAUCAAUGUUUUGUAUGUAUGACAUAGUUUUGGUCUAUUUGCAUCAAGCUACAUGCACAUACGAUCUAGUUAAUACAUAGAUGAUUUGCAGAUACAUUAUUAGCAAUAAAAGCUUAAGAAUUUGUCACACAAGUAAUUAAUGUACGUUGAAUAAAUUGCAAUAACAUUACCUACCUAAAUGUUUUGAUUGUUUUGUAAUAAAGAUAUCAAAUUGGUA